CGUGUUUUAGUUAAAUUUGUGUUGAAUCACUCUGUGCACGCAUCGUACGCAAUCGGGUUGAAUAUUUAUUUACGUUCCGUUUACAUAUAUUGUUUAUCUUUUACGGCUGUUGCAACCAGUCGAUCUGUUAGGAACGGAUUUUGAUAUGUGCUCUCGGUUUAUGGUUUUACGAAGUUUUUAAUUGCUAUUUUAUAGUGACUCCGUCACCUACAUACAAAUUUUCAUUAAUAAUUGUUGAACAUCAUCGUCGAUCGAUGAAUGCUGCUGACUCAUCACCAUCAACACAAACCACCGAUUUUAGCAUGGACAACAACAAUGAUCUUAACAUUGAAAUCGGAAACAAUGACAUGAUUGAAACACACCAUAAUUCACAUAAUGGAGUGGUUGAUCUUCCACCAAAAGAAGUUGAUUAUUAUUUCAAAAAGCAGUGCAGCAAACGUUGCAUAUCUGUUUGGAAGAUAAUUUGGGCCUUUCUCAGUUUUCUAAUAUCGGUCACUGAUGUGACGGUUAUUUUAUACCUGUCCUACCUGCACUUCAAUCACAGUGAAGAUAAUAUGAUGGCUUGGCUGAUGCUUUUGCCGAUUGUGCUGAAUUUUAUUGGGAUUUUCACGUUCCUUUCCAACGAAGCUGAACGUAAAGAAAUGGAAUCGUUAGGAUGCGGAACAUGCAAACACUUGAUGUUCUUUCCCGUUAUUGGUCCAUCUUUCAGUCAGCUCAGACUCUUCUCUUAUGCUUUCGAGGAGAAAAAUGCGGAAAAAUAUGAGCGGCUUGAAUCGCUUCUGAUAAAGAUGAAGCAAUACGAAGCUUUUUUCCGUGCAGCUCCGGAAGCUUUCAUACAAAUUACCUUUCGUAUUGUUCAUUGGUCCAAUCACACGCACUGGAAUUACGAAGAUUACUGGACAUCCCUCUGUAUCGCACUGUGCAUGUUCGCCUUGGCUGAAUCAAAUAUUUACGCAUCAAUCAGACCGGACUAUUAUCGACUAUUUAAUUACUGCACAGAUCCCGAUACAUGGAAGACUGAGUCUAUAAAAUUCUCGUGGAAAGUUGCGCUGUUUUGGUUCAAUUAUCUGUCUAUUGCUUCCAGAUUGUUUGCCGAUGCAAUAUUCCGAGCAACCGCCUGCUUUUACUUCAGCGAUAGAAAUUACGGUGAAGUGAUCAUCGUCACAUUUAUCUUUCAAUUUGUGGGGCGAGCGAUAACCCGUGCUAUUUACCAGAACACAUUGGUUCAUUGUUCACGUCGCAAUCACGAUCGCUUCCAUCGUAAUGUUGAAAUACGAAGAAGAGCUAAAGUUGCUGCAAUUGAAACAGUUGAUGGCGCUGAAAGUGCCUUAAAACCUGACAAUGACAAUGAGAACGAGGAUGAUCAACCUGUUCGACGUAUUUACGUUCCGGUGCAAGAAGACUUGACUGGCGUUUACGGAGCUUUUACUUAUUCGUGGAGAUGUUUGUUUAUGUCAUUUGACUACCAAGACUGGGUCGAUCCGAUUGUGUACUUUGGAUUUUACGUUGAGAACGUUUUAAUCAUCGGGUUUUCCUACAUGGUCGUUCAUUUGAUCGAAUACGAUCUGUCCGAUAAGAUACCAUACUACAUUUAUACGGUUACUGCUGGAGUGGGAAUGUUUGUGGCUAUUGUAAUUAAAUAUGCCAUGGUUCGUGCGCUGGACAAGAGGCUCACCAAGAAAUUGUCCGGGCAAUCAAAGUAUUAAGGAAAGAACAAAAUUGGCGGUGGAACUUAACAAUAACAAAAAAGGAUCUCUUUUUUUCACUUCGGCGAUUUAUUGACUUAUGACUUCGCCACUUGCAAUUCUUGUUGCACACUGGAAACUACUGACACUAUUGGCACAUAUUGCAUCUAACGAUAACCGUGUUCCAAUUUACAACAAAAAUGUAAAACUAACGAAGUUGUGAUCUGCAUAUCGUAAAAAAUAGGAAUUUUAAAUUCAAUUUAUCUGAGAUACUAAUCAAGUCGUAGAUACCACAAAAUAUACAAAUAUACGGCUAAUAAU